AUGGACUUCAUUGUUAGCAUCUUGAACUUGCUUACUCUGAGUGCAAGAUUUAAACCAUGGAAGUCCAAAAUCGGACAUAGUCGUGCUCAUGGUGUCCAGGCACAUGAAAGAUUGAAGCAGACAGAGCAGCAGUCAGAUUGUCCUGUACGUGUUCCCCUGCUCUUGCUUCAGGGUUGUGUGGUUCAGAGAGCCGUCAUCAUGAUCUUCCUCAUCCUGUUGCUCAACGACAUCCCCAUUGAGAAGAGUGAGCUUGUGAAAAUCAGGUUUACAGUUCGUGUACAGUAUAUUUAUCAUCCUCAUGACUUAAACACACUUGACAUUAAGUAUAAAAGCAGGACUCUUUCUAGAGCCUCAUGGAAUCUUUACUCCGAAGGAUCUGAAGAACCAAGGUUCAUUAUGGCAAUGCUGAGAUGUCUUCUGCUUCUUAUCACUAUUUAUUCCAUGAUUAAUGCGGAAGAUGAAAAAUGCCCCAAUGGAUGGACACAUUUUGGAGUCAGAUGCUUCAAGUACUUCCCUCAGACAGUUAACUGGAUCACUGCGGAGAGAAACUGUCAAACCUAUGAUGCAAACCUUGCAUCUGUUCAUAAUAAACUGGAAAAUGAUCUCCUACUGAGCAUGGUGCCUUCUGACACACGUUUUUGGGUUGGCGCUCAGGAUGGUGAACAAGAAGGACAGUGGAUUUGGAGCGAUGGAAGUCCCUUUGACUACACCAGCUGGUGCUCUGGAGAACCUACCAAUGGAGGAAAUAUAGAAAACUGCCUGGAGCUGGCCUGGACCUCUAACCGUUGCUGGAACGAUCUGACAUGUUCAGCACAAAUUGCCUUUGUUUGUGCUAAAAACCUGUGAGAUCACAUGCAGUCAUCCUGCUCCACUCCACGUGAUUGUGCUACAUACAUUUACAUUUUCUGAUCUUAUCCUUUAUAAAACAUGUUAAUCUGAAAUUAAACUUGCAUCUUUUCUCAGUAUCUUUUCUAAAACACCACUCUAAAUAAAU